AUGAUCCACGGUUUAUAAGUCGUAUUUUAGAAUUAUACAAGAAAAUUUGCAGAAUUCACAUCAGUUGAUGUUUUAGUAGAUGUAUGAAUAUUUCAUAUUCAUUUAAGGAAAUACUCUAAAUGGUUUGCAUCCUUAAUCAGUUUAGUUUCUAAAUUAAUUAUGCAGAUCAUAACCCAGAUAAUCGGAUUACAUUUAAUAAAAACUAUUAUAAACUAUUGCAGCAAUCCUACUUAGAAAAAUUAUUAAUUUUGUCAAUCCUAAAUAAUAAAAUUUUGAUAGCAGUGUCUUAAACGAUUUUUAAGGAUACUUGCAAAAAGCCAUUACUACAACAGAAUUUAGAUCUCCUGAAGCUAUUGCUAAUGCAAUUUAAACACUUAGCACUUUCUCAUUUGAUUUAUAAGAUAGUCUUGCAAUCUUUGUAAAAGAUGCUGUUCUACCUAAUCUUGCUAAUUCUAAUCCAAUUAUAAGAAAGGCUACUGCAAAAGCUGGAUGUCUAUUAUAUAUUAAGAAAGGAAGAUCAACUGGAUAAUAGAUGAUAUCCAAAAAUGUUAUGUAUGAAAUAUUAGAUAAAUUUAUGAAUUUUGCUAUUUCAGAUACUGAAUAAGAUAUAAGGUAAACUAUGCUUGCAUCUUUAAAUGAGAAUUUCGAUCCAUAUUUAAAUUCUCCUAAUAAUUUGAGAAAAUUAUUUUUAUAUGUAUGAAUGACACAAUCCCAGAAGUAUAAGAAAUUGCAUUAACCAUACUUUGUAGAUUAUCAAUUUUAAAUCCUUCAGAAAUUAUUCCCUUUCUUAAAAAGACUUUAUUCGAAUACCUUUAAACUUUAACAUUUGACAGCAAUUAACCUGAAAAGUAAACCAUUAAUAAGUUAUAUUUAUUAACAUCAUUAAUUAAAAAUAGUCGUACUAUUGUCUAAACAUAUACUAGUAAUAUAGCUAAGGUAAUUUAAUAACAUUUAAAAAAUCCAAAUACUAGUGCGAGUGUUACUUCAUAUUUAUUAUAAGCAUUUGCUUAAUUAACAGAAACUGCAAAUUAAGAAAUAUUAGUAAAUUUAAAAGAGGUUUUUGAUAUUAUUAUAACAGCAAUGUAAGAUAAGAGUUCUACUCUUAAAAGAGAAGCUGCUUGUAAAGUCUUUAAAUUUAAUUAUUAAGAAUACAGGAUUUGUUGUACUUCCUUAUUAUCGUUUUCCAAAUUUAAUGGAUGUUAUUUUCUAAUUAAUUAGAACUGAAACUAUACCAGAAAUGAGAUAGGAAUGUUUAAAAUUAUUAGGUAAUUUAGGAGCUGUAGAUUCGUUUAUAUAUAAAAGUGUUUAAGGAGUACCAACAAAAUAAAAGUUUAAGUUUUUAAAAAAUUAUUAAAAUGCUGUAAAUUCUGUUUCAUCAAGUGAAUUAAUGAAUGAAGUAAGAGGAUAUAGUGAAGAUUUAAUAUUAAUUGAUAAUUUUAGUUCAACAAUGUUUUUACAUUUAGGAAAAUUGAAAAUGUAAACUGAUUAAGAUACAUUACUAUAUUAAAAUAAUGCUGCAUUAAUAACUAAAUCAACAACAUUGGAUGCUCAAUCUCAUUAUCAUUAAGUCAUAAAUUCAUAAGAUAUUGAAGAAUUAUUUUAUUAUGUUCCUGUCAAAUGA